GCACCGGCGGCACUGACCCUAAUUGUAAAUGCUUGACCGGAUACACAGCAAGCACGUCUGGUGGGUGUGUUCGAACUACUCGACUUGGAUGUGGAAGAGGAGAUAGCUUUCAAAAGUACCAAAGGAUGAAAUUGCCGGACACAUCUGCUUCCUGGUACAACACUACCAUGAGUUUGCAGGAAUGUGAAAAACUAUGUUUGAGAAACUGCACUUGCGCGGCAUAUUCUAAUUUGAACAUCAGUGAUGGAGGAAGUGGCUGCUUGCACUGGUUUAAUAACAUUGUCGACUUGAGAGAACUCAAAGAGGGAGGACAAGACUUCUACAUUCGAGUAUCUGCAGUUUCAGGCCUAGUGAAAAAUGGCAUGGACAAGAGGAGGCUUGCAGGAAUUGUGAUAGGCUGCGCUACAUUAAUCAUCAGCAUAGUAAUACUCGGAUUGAUAAUUAGGAAGAAGCUCAUGCAUCCAGGGAAAGCAAUUUAUUGGAGGGACAAGAAUGACAAAGAAGACAUUGAUUUGCCAAUAUUUGAAUUUUCAACCAUUUCUAAUGCCACAGAUCAAUUUUCAGAGAGGAAUAAGUUGGGACAAGGUGGUUUUGGACCGGUGUACAAGGGCGUACUAGUAGAUGGACAAGAGAUUGCAGUAAAGAGACUCUCCAAAACAUCAGGACAAGGAAUGGAUGAGUUUAAAAACGAAGUUUUAUUGAUUGCAAAACUCCAACACCGCAAUCUUGUAAAGCUUCUUGGUUGUUCUAUUCAACAGGGAGAAAAGUUGUUGAUUUAUGAAUUCAUGCUUAAUGGAAGCUUAGACUACUUUAUUUUUAAUUCAACAAAAACUAAGCUACUAGAUUGGACUAAACGAUUUCAUAUUAUUGAUGGGAUUGCUCGAGGCCUUCUCUAUCUUCAUCAAGAUUCAAGAUUGCGAAUAAUCCAUAGAGAUCUUAAAACCAGCAACAUUCUUCUUGAUAUUAAUAUGAAUCCAAAAAUAUCAGACUUUGGACUUGCUAGAAUUUUUGGAGGAGAUCAAGCUGAGGCCAACACAAAUAGAGUGAUGGGAACAUAUGGUUAUAUGCCUCCAGAAUAUGCAGUGCAUGGAUCUUUUUCUGACAAAUCUGAUGUCUUUAGUUUUGGAGUAAUGGUAUUAGAGAUAAUAAGUGGGAAGAAGAAUAGGGGAUUUUGCGAUCCACAUUAUCGUCUUAACCUUCUGGGACAUGCAUGGAAACUAUGGAUUGAAAAAAGACCCAUGGACCUAAUGGAUGAACAACUGCAAGAUUCAGUUAUUUCAUCCGAGCUGUUAAGAUGUAUUCAGGUGGGUCUAUUAUGUGUGCAACAAAGACCGGAGGAUAGACCCAACAUGUCCACUGUGAUUUUAAUGUUGAAUGGUGAAAAGUCACUUCCUAAUCCAGGAGAGCCUGGGUUCUACAUUGGAAGUGAUAAUCAACCCUUAGCAGAUUCUACUAUAAGAAGCAGCGGAGAGUGUUCAAUUAAUGAAGCUUCCAACUCAACAUUAGAGCCAAGAUAGAAUGCCAAAACAAGCUUGAACCUUCCUAUGUCUCAAAUUCCAUGUAAUGUCUCCAAAUAAAUUUAAUUUCCAUAAGCUGAUGAAAACGAAGAGGUCGAUGACAUUAGGGGCGCGCAACAAGUCCAUCAAAUUGAUGUUUAUAUAAUGUCAGUGUGCAAUGAAUGUGAUAGCUUAUAAUGCAUCAUUUUGUGUAAUUAUACCUGACGUUGGAAGAAGCAUAUGCUGGUUCUACCAAAAA